AUGAUUCCUGAGAAACGACUUCUAACAAAGGACGAUAUCUUGUUGUGGGAAAACUCUGAAACGAGACAUAAACUGGUUGAUUUUUUAACGAGCCUGGCAGAAGCUGUUAAGGGUCAUGAAAAUACGGAUUACAAAGAGCCUAUAAGUGAGUCAAUAAAAUCAGUUGUUAAGAUUUUGAAUCGAAUACGUGAACUGGUCAAGAAAAAUCCUGUCACGCAAGAUGCUAAUUCAUCAAGAUUUGGAAAAGUUGAAUUUAGGGAUUUUUAUCAUGACGUCUCGGAAUCAUCGACUUCCACCAUUUCUGAUACAUUUCCCUCCCUUUCACAAGAUCAGGUUACUGAAUUGUCUGCUUACUUGACGGAGUCAUGGGGUAAUGAAAGAAGAAUAGAUUACGGUUCUGGUCAUGAGUUGAACUUUUUAUGUUUCUUGUAUGGUCUUCUUAAAUGCAAUAUAUUCCAACUCGAAAGGGAUGCCAGGAACAUGGUGUUGAAAGUUUUCAUUACAUACCUUGAUAUUAUGAGACUGAUAGAGACGACAUAUUGGUUAGAGCCGGCAGGGUCACACGGAGUUUGGGGCCUAGAUGAUUAUCAUUUCUUGCCAUUUUUAUUCGGUGCAUUUCAGUUGUCCACGCAUCCACAUUUAAAACCGACGUCCAUUCAUAAUGGCGAAGUUGUCGAAAUGUUUCAAGAUAAGUAUUUAUAUUUUGGAUGCAUUGCAUUCAUAAACUCGGUCAAGACCGUUGCAUCCUUAAGAUGGCAUUCGCCUAUGCUAGAUGAUAUCAGCGGUGUCAGAAGAUGGGCAAAGGUCGCAGGAGGAAUGGUUAAAAUGUAUGAGGCUGAAGUACUGGGGAAAUUGCCUAUCAUGCAGCAUUUCCUUUUCGGAGAGUUUUUGCCUUGUCCAGAGGGUGUAUCACCCCUCAGGGACCACUCACAUGACGACGACGAGGGAGUAGAUUGUUGUCACGUACACGACCAUUCUCGGAUCAACACAUGGGGCGAUUGUUGUGGUAUAAAGGUUCCAAGUGCUAUUGCCGCAACUCAAAUGAAUAAGAAAAAUCAUAAACCAAUCCCGUUUGAUUAA